CUUACUCUAGUCACGGACUGUCGUUGGAUUGAACAGCACACAAAACUAUUUUAGUUUCCGUUUGCGUUACAACAUAGUUAGAGUUGUGUGUUUGAAUGCAACAUAUUCACCUGAUGGGAUAAAUAGUAAUUGUUCAUUAAUACAUCUUGCAAUUGAUGUCUAAUGUUAUUGAAGUGACGGAAUAAGAACCCACAAAGGAAUUUUGAUGAAAAAUGUGAAAAACUUUAGAGUGUUGCGAGGUGUAAAUUAACUAUUUUUUGGUUAAUUUAGAGUUAAGUUCUUUUUCAUUUUUGAAAAACAAUUUUGUCAUGACCAGCCGCAAAAUGGAUAUAUCACCGGACGAUAUUGAAACAAAAAUAUCAAAAAUACCGAAACCCUUUUCAAUCGAAAGUCUCAUCUCCACAAAAUCGUGUUCACCUAUAAGACCGGAUGCCUUUGAAACACACUAUCCGCCGACGUUGUUCCCGCAAAAUAUCUGCGUACCGAAUUUCCCCAUGUAUAAUCCGUGGAUGGGUUAUCUGACCCAGUCGACAAACGAACAAAUCAAUCAACUGUUUUCGAACGGACCGAACGAUAAAUUUGCUAAUUUCCUGGAACACCCGGAUAAUAGGCACGACAAACUAUCCGAAAUGUUUCUGGCACAUUCAGCCAAUGAUCCGCGAAUAUUUUUGAAUAGUGAUCUGGUUCAUCGGGAAAAGAUUGCCCAAUAUUUGGCUAAUAAUGUGCGCGAGCCGAAAUUCACGGAAUUUUUAAUGAGUGCAAGUAAAACGGAUUUCCGUGCCGACGAUGAAAAUACGGGCGAACAUUUAUUAACGGCUAGUGAUAAUUGUGACAAAGAUUUGCGACCGACGUCAAUUAGUGUGCGGAACUUUUCCGAUGGUGUGACGAAUUUGAGUCAAUUGUUUGUAAAAAGUGAUCAGGACAAAGACGAUGAAAUGGAAACUGGUUCGGAGAGCGAAUUAAGUAUGACCAUGUCACCGGACGGAAGUCAUAAGAACGCGGAAUGCCAAUCCGACAGCGAAUGUUCCGAUGACGGAACUGGCGGCUCAAAUAAUCCGUCUGAUUCAAAAACUAAUUCGAAAAGUGGGUCAUCGAAGUCACGCAGACGACGUACAGCUUUCACAUCAGAACAAUUAUUAGAAUUAGAACGAGAAUUUCAUGCCAAAAAGUACCUUAGUCUAACUGAAAGAAGUCAAAUAGCAACUAGUCUAAAACUAAGUGAAGUACAAGUAAAAAUAUGGUUUCAAAAUCGACGAGCCAAAUGGAAACGUGUCAAAGCCGGCCUUACUACACACGGUCUGGGUCGAUCUUCGUCCAAUACCGGCACCAAUAAGAUUGUCGUGCCCAUUCCGGUGCAUGUGAAUCGUUUUGCCGUUCGUUCGCAACACCAACAUAUGGAGAAAAUGGGACUCAGUGGUCCGAAGCCAGAUUUGCGUAAAGAUCCGAAGGUGGAACUGAGCGGUUUCGAGAGAUUUAAUAUGGUGGCACCGAUGAUGGAACAAAAUCAUUUCUAAUUAAAAAAAGUUCUUGUAAAUAUAUCUUUUUCAAUUUCACAAAAAAAAAAUCCCUAAAUUUUUGUCCUGUGUAAAGAUUUCAUGAAUUUUAAAUUUUAAUGGAAAAUUUUGCGGUUACUUUUUGUGAGGACCGACAUUGAAGCAAUAAAAUAAUUUUUAUAAACUU